UAUUGGUUGUCAAAUUUUUGCAGAAAGCCUAUUUGGCUGAUGCUGGUGGAAAAUAGUGAUUUUUCUUCAUUUUAUAAUAUUUUAUUCAUUUUAUUUUGCCCUAGAAACCAGUACAUAGUGUAUUAGAAGCUGAAUUUCUUCAGUUAAGUGUAAAAUGGUGGAAACUGACGAUGCAGCGGAGCUUCUUUUCUUUGACACCUUUUCACAUGAAGUGGACACGGACAUCAAUCUCGAUCUUGUGCAGUUUCCAAAGCCAGUGUAUAUCACUCAAGUGCGCAUAAUACCAUUGGGAGCACGCGUGCAAGCCGACUUUCCCGGCGGUGUGCGCCUCGGUGCCACCAAUCCCUCAAAAUUUGAUAUUGAAUUUUUCGUCAAUGAUUUGGGCAUGCCGGGUGCCUCCACAUUUGAAAAUUUAGGUCAAUUAAAGUAUAAUCAAAACGAUUGCAUUCAUCUAGAAUGUACACAAGAGAAAAUACCCACUGAUGGUUUGGUAUUACGUGGCUGGUAUAGCACAAUUACUUUGGCAGUGUAUGGUAUACUAACCAAUUCGAUGACUGAACCAAUUGCAAGCCCACCACCGCUACCUUGCGAACCAGCUGGUCCUGAAGAGAUUUGCAAUUUAAGUGGCAGUGGUGAAACGCGUGAACCAAGCUUGCUGGAGGAGACAAGCAAAGACGAAUGGAAGGAACCUUUACCGAGUGAGGUGCCAUCUGUACAUAAAGCGAAUCUUAGCGAUUUUGAGCGGGAUGAGUUGGAGUAUGCCGGUGGGCGGAAUGACCACUACCAACAAUCCGGAGAUGAACGUGAACGUGGCAUGCGAAAGACUUCGCAUUCUUCGGAGCGCUCUUUACCUUCGCGUAAUCGCACGCACUCGGAGAGUAAUGAAAGAGAAUAUUUGCGGUAGGUUAGAGAAUAGUCAACAUUAUUUUGAGAUAUCAA